UCGAGCCAACCUGCGCUGCUCCAACAUGGCUCCGCGGCUGUGCAGCAUCUCUGCGGCGGCGGCGGCGCGGCGGCUGCUCGGGGGUCCGGGGCCCCGCGUUGGGGACACGGUGGCGGCGGCCCGCUCCUAUUCCAAGGACAAUGAAGGCAGCUGGUUCCGCUCCCUCUUUGUCCACAAGGUGGAUCCCCGGAAGGAUGCCCACUCCACACUGCUGUCCAAGAAGGAAACCAGCAACCUAUACAAGAUUCAGUUUCACAAUGUGAAGCCUGAGUGUCUGGACGCCUACAACAGCCUUACGGAGGCUGUGCUGCCCAAGCUCCACUUGGAUGAGGACUACCCCUGCUCGCUCGUGGGCAACUGGAACACGUGGUAUGGGGAGCAGGACCAGGCAGUGCACCUGUGGCGCUUCUCAGGUGGCUACCCAGCCCUCAUGGACUGCAUGAACAAACUCAAAAACAACAAGGAGUACCUAGAGUUUCGCAAAGAGCGGAGCCGGAUGCUGCUGUCCAGAAGAAACCAGAUGCUCCUUGAGUUCAGCUUCUGGAACGAGCCCCAGCCCCGAGCAGGCCCCAACAUCUAUGAGCUGAGGACAUACAAGCUCAAGCCAGGAACCAUGAUCGAAUGGGGGAACAACUGGGCUCGUGCCAUCAAAUACCGGCAGGAGAACCAGGAGGCAGUGGGAGGCUUCUUCUCACAGAUAGGAGAGCUCUACGUUGUGCAUCAUCUCUGGGCCUAUAAAGACCUACAGUCUCGGGAGGAGACUCGGAAUGCUGCCUGGAGGAAGAGAGGCUGGGAUGAAAAUGUCUACUACACAGUCCCACUGGUGCGACACAUGGAAUCUCGGAUCAUGAUCCCUUUGAAGAUUUCACCUCUCCAGUGAUGCAGCUGCUGCCUCCAUUUCCUUCCCCCUCUUCCUCAGGACAGCCACACAUAGAGGAGCUCUGAGGCCUUCUGGCUCCUGGAUCUGGGAGGAUUCUGGGAGUGGGGGUUCCUCUGGUAGUGCUCAGCUUGGAGAAGGGGGAGCUAACGGAUAUCAGGGUUCUGAGGACUUACUUCACAGACCCUUUCUAUUUUCACCACCCCUACUCCUGUCCUAAAAGCAGGCUUUAAUUUCUCUGAAUGAAGAACAGCAACCUUUUCUGUCUUCUCCUACUUCUAAGAUUCCUUAUCACAAAACCUCCAGUCCCUAAUUAUCAUGACAGAAUUUUCCAUAUGUACUCGGCCCUAGUAACACAAGAGUGAAGACUGGCUUGUGGCUAGAGGUGGGAGGAGAGGAUGUCAGACCAGGUCAGGCUCUCAGGAAUUCCCUAGGCUUUGCUAGACCAUCUCAUUACUGAACAUUCCCUUCCAAUGGAGAAACAUCUGGAACUGUCUCAGAAGCCAAGGGGGAAACUUUCAAGUAGCGCUGUGAAUUGCAGUAUUCUGCCAUCCAUAAGAGAAUGGAAGCUGGGAAGGAUUUGGGGGUAUUAGACAGAAUGGAACAGAAACCCAAAAGGUAGAACUUGGAAUUUUGAGGCUGAAUUUAGAAUCAACAAUUAGAGUGUAGUACUGGUCCAGGGGAUGUAGCUUCCAUUAGAGAACUUGUAUGUGUGGUGCUUUCCCUGGGUUCUAUCCCUGGUACUGCCAAAACAAAAAUAAAAAGGAGGAUAUGUAAUUGGGAAGAAGCAAGUGAGAGAUCCCUUGGUGGAGGGUUCCUAAUAAAAGACACGGAUAGGGCUGCAAUAAGAGUACAGUGGGUAGGGAGCUUGCUCUGCAUGUAGCCAAUACUGGUUGGAUCCCUGGUCCUACAUAUGAUCCCAGGAUCUCUGCCAGGAUUGAUCCCGGAGUACAGAGCUAGCUUUAUGCCCUGAGCAUGCUGGAUGUCCUUAAAAAAAAAAAAAAAAAAGAAGAAGACAUGGAGAGAAGCUUAUCUGUUCCAAUAAUAUAAUGAAGCUGAGAACUUGAAAGUUCCAGCACUUCUGUGUAAGAUCUCCUACCCUCCUGCAGGCAUAGGUAUGGACCAUGUGCUAUAUUUCUUUUACCCUGCAUUCCUUUUCUCCCUUUUCACAUUCAAGAAGUCCAAGUCUCAUCAUCUGGGAUCACCAAGUGUAUGGUUUGUGUGUGUGGGGUCCAUGAUUGGGGGAUGGGGACCUUCUCUUUGACCUUGUCACCUGCCACCCGUUUUGAAAAACUUGUGCUGGAGUUGCUGAAGAAACCAAUUAAAUAUU